AGCUGGUGCCUGGGAAGGCGGCCGGCGGGCGGUCGCACGGACGGCGGGUGGCGGGCGUGGGGUGCGGGCGGCCGGCGCGGCCACGCUGCGGGAGCCGUCGCCGCCACCGCCUUUGCACGGUUGCACCAUGUCCGGGCCGCUGGAGUGUUGCGAGCGCGAGUGGCACGAGCUGGAGGGAGAAUUUCAGGAACUGCAGGAGACACACAGAAUUUACAGGCAGAAACUGGAGGAGCUGACGGCACUGCAGACCCUGUGUAGCAGUUCCAUCAAUAAACAAAAGAAGCGCCUUAAGGACUUGAAGCACACACUCCAGAGGUAUAGGCGCCAUGCCAGUCAGGAGGAGGCAGAGCUCGUCCAGCAGAUGGGCACACACAUCAAGGAGCGGCAGAAUGUCUUCUUCGACAUGGAAGCCUACCUGCCUAAGAAGAACGGGCUCUACUUGAAUCUGGUCCUUGGCAAUGUGAAUGUGACCCUCCUCAGCAACCAGGCCAAGUUUGCCUACAAGGACGAGUAUGAGAAGUUUAAGCUCUACCUGACCAUAAUCCUGCUUCUGGGUGCAGUGGCGUGUCGCUUCGUCCUUUACUACAGGGUGACGGAUGAGAUCUUUAACUUCCUGCUCGUGUGGUAUUACUGCACCCUGACCAUCCGGGAGAGCAUCCUCAUCAGCAACGGCUCCAGAAUUAAAGGCUGGUGGGUGUCUCACCAUUACGUCUCCACGUUCCUGUCUGGAGUCAUGCUGACCUGGCCCAAUGGACUAAUUUAUCAGAAGUUUCGUAAUCAGUUUUUAGCAUUUUCAAUUUUCCAGAGCUGUGUCCAGUUCCUCCAGUACUAUUACCAGAGGGGCUGCCUCUACCGGCUACGGGCGCUGGGGGAAAGGAAUCACCUGGACCUCACUGUGGAAGGCUUCCAGUCCUGGAUGUGGCGUGGCCUCACUUUCCUCCUGCCCUUCCUCUUCUGUGGCCACUUCUGGCAACUCUACAAUGCUGUAACAUUGUUUGAGCUCUCCAGCCAUGAAGAAUGCAAAGAAUGGCAGGUAUUUGUGCUGGCUAUCACCUUCCUCAUCCUCUUCCUGGGCAACUUCCUGACCACACUCAAAGUCGUGCACGCCAAACUCCAGAAGAACAGAAAGAAGAUGAAGCAGCCUUGAGCCUCAGGACUCGCUGCCCCAGGGGGCCUCUGAACUUUGAACUGCUGGGGACUCCAGUCCACUCCCUGCUGUGGCCGGGGGCCGCAGCGAUGCUGGGAGCAGGACCAAGGCCCCUGUCCCUGGCGGGAUAGGAACUUGAAGCCCGCCUGUGCGCACAGUAUUAACUCACCCCAGCCUCCCUAUUUAUGACGUUAUUUAAUGCCGGUCCUCCCAGCUUCCCCGCUGCUCUUGGCAAUGACCAAGUCUGGGUCAGUCUUCCGGGAGGGGCCGGAAGCCUCAGGGAGCCCCUCUGCCCACUCCUGUCAUUUGAACCCCUCACUGGGGUUUGGAUGUGCCUCGCCAGGGUUGGUUUUAUUCUGACCUGCAACUUACUGUGUCCUGGGCAGGUGGGAUGAGACCUCCAGCAUCCUGUGGAGCCCCCUCCCCUGGGCCUGCCUCUGCUGUAAGCCCCUCCAUGCCCUGCCAUCCAUGGCGGGGCUUAUUUAAGUUCUCAGAGAACUAAUGCUUGUCUCUGCCUCUUGCUUCCUUCCACACGCUUGUUGGCCCUAAGGGGCCGAGGUUUUAAGUCACCGCUAGAGGGCGCCCCAGCCCCUAGGUGGUUUGACUCUGGUGUAGCGAUGACUCAAAUCCACUGGUCCCAACCUGCUGUGAGACCUCAGGAAGGGGGACCCAGAAGUUCCCUGUUGGCUGGGUUAGGCUAUCAUGGAGUGUGCCCACUGUUUCCCUCUCUCUGCCCCAGGUUCUGAGCAGGGCCUGCCCGGUGAGGCUGGGCAGGCGUGCUGGUCACCAUCUAGCUUCAGGCUCUGGUGGGGAGGAUGGAGAAGCCACUUGGGGCUGUUGAAGUGCUGCCCCUAAGUGCACCUUCCCUACAGAUGCAUAUGCCACUGGUAACCACAGACAGGCCGGGCCCUCAGAGGAGUUUUAAAUUUCAGUUAUGCUUUGAAAACAAGAUUUCUCCUCCCCCAGGGUGUGAUUCCAAUAAGCCCGAGGUAUGUACUGUCCCUAGAAAGGGGCGAUCGGGUUCCUGCGCUCCUGU